GUCGGUUUGUGUGUGCGCAGAAAUCAAUGAUAAUUUUCCCAAGUCAUGCGUGCUCCGGAAAUGGAGACAGGUGUAUUUGUAAGUCAAUAAGAUUUAAGAAAUUUAAUUUUCGCUUGGUGACAGUGUUUUUUAUGUCUUCAGAGCAGUGAUAAAAAUAGUUGUUUUAAAUUAGAUCUUCACUUGCUGGUGUAAAAAUGAUCUUUAACCAUAGUGCAUUUAUACAGUUAUUUUGUGAAAUCAGUAACAAUUUACUACAUAUGCUACAUAUUGCUAUUACUAAUUUCCCCAGUAGGCUACUUUAAUUGUUAACUAAAAUUGCUUCCGAAACAGACACUGAUUUAACACGAAAAAUGGAUGAAAAUUUGAGCAGAGGUUAUAUACAGCUUGGGAAAGCUAGGGGUGCCAAUGACUUCCGAUUUACCAACGGGUUUAGUCAUCUGUCCCCUCCAGUUGACAAAUUUAAUGGCAUUUAUUUGUCUUUGGUACUUGCCGGUGUUGGGUUUCUCUUACCAUAUAACAGUUUCAUCAUUGCAGUGGACUAUUUCCAAGCACAAUAUCCAAACAGUACAAUAGUUUUUGACAUGUCCCUGGUGUACAUUGUCAUGGCGUUUUUUGCUGUCCUCGCCAACAACAUUCUUGUUGAAACUCUGUCCCUCAAUACUCGAAUAACUUUUGGAUAUGUGGUGUCUUUUUUUACAUUGUUGUUUGUGGCAACUUGUGAGAUUUGGUGGGAGAUAUUUGGAUCAGGUACCUCAUACACCAUCAACUUGAUAGCUGUGGCAGUUGUAGCUCUAGGAUGCACUGUUCAGCAAUCCAGUUUCUAUGGGUACACAAGCAUGCUACCCAGCCGAUACACCCAGGCAGUCAUGGCAGGGGAAAGUGGUGCCGGGUUCCUGGUAUCGGCAAACCGUAUCCUCACCAAGAUGGUGAUGGACGAUCAACGAGCCAACACUCUAAUCUUCUUUGGGGUGUCUGUGAUGAUGGUUGCUCUGUGCUUCUGUCUACACCAGAUGGUGAGACGGACAGACUUUGUCCAGUUUUACCUCACGCUGUGUCGUGAGUCACGUAGGAUUACGCUGGAGCCUACAGAAGACGCAGGAUUGAUGGAUCCAUUGGAUCAAGUGGAAGGCGCGUCUAAGAGUCAAUACGGAGUGUUGAAACUUCAGCCGCAGAGUCCUAUGGAUGCUGCAAGUGGACAGCACUUCAGUUUUGCCAACCCGGUGUAUGAGCCCAGUGGUACCAAUCCCGUGGGGCCGUCGUACAAGGUGGAGGAUGUGGUCGUCCGCAUGAGAAGCACGACAGGCUCUGGUUCUUACAGGAGGACCAACUCUACCAGAGCUUGGGCGGCCAUCAAAAAGGGAUUGGUAGCAAGGUGGGAGGUUGCACGUAACGUGUGGCACUACAUGCUGUCCAUUGCACUGGCGUACUUCGUCACACUCUGUCUCUACCCGGGGAUCGAGUCGGAGAUUGUGAGCUGUAAGUUCGGCAACUGGAUGCCUGUCAUACUCAUGGCUGGGUUCAACGCUGCAGACCUAAUGGGGAAAGUGGUGGCGUCAGUGCCGUAUGAGUGGUCACGUUCCCAGCUGCUAGUGUUCGCCAGCCUGCGUGCCGUCCUCAUUCCCCUGCUAGUGCUGUGCGCCACACCCCGCGGGUCACCCGUCAUCCCAGGGGAGGGAUAUCCCCUCUUGUUCUCACUACUGCUUGGCCUCACCAACGGCCUCGUGGGGAGUGUGCCCAUGAUUCAAGCACCCAGCAGAGUCAGCGAGGAACAUCGCGAACUUACUGGAAACAUAAUGACACUAUCCUACAACGUUGGCUUGACUGGGGGCUCUUUAGUAGCGUAUGUCCUGGACGCUAUGUUGGGCCCUCCUCUGGUAGCUCCUUGCCGAGCUCCUCCCCGAUACUUCACCCCCAACCCCCGCACCAUGCUGGCCAACCUGACAACACCGUACACCACAGUGGCUGCCACCACAGCUGUUACAGUGGCUACAGUGUUGACCACUUCACCGACCACACUCACCAGUCUAGCCAACCCGACAACACUCAGCAACCUUACAUUAGCUCUGUACAAUGUCACUACCAUGCAUUAGGUCGUCUAAGAUUUAACUUUAAGAUAUAUUUUCUGUGAUCUGAAUGCUAAGUUUGAUUUUACAGUACUUCUCAUUUUUGAUGUUUAUUUAUAGUGGGUUAGGAAGAUUGAGAAAUUGACUUUGGAUACAGUUAGAAUCAUCUUCAUGUAUAGUCUGAAGCCUCUUUUGAUAUGUUUUGUUUCCGGUAUUAUUAAGGGUGUUGAGGUCAAAUAAGUUUACUAUGUAGAGUAAAUUUUACACAACGUGCUUUACUAAUAAUUUUCCAAUACAAAAAUGCACGCUGCAUUGUUUUUGGUUAAUGUAGUUUUAAAGUUAAUGAAAUAAUGAAAGUAAACAGUAACUAGACAGUAAACAUGAAGGACUGGGACUUGGCCAGUACAGCUGGGCGUUCGACCGUCAGAACCGAGAUAGUACGGAUAGAAUUCCGACUGGCUGCUGAGGCCACUCCGGCUGACCUUCCAAUCGCAAAGGGUUAAAUGUUGCUUUUAAAAAUUCUCUGUCCGAAAAUAUCUGUACUAAACCACAUUGGUUGUAACUGUUAUUUUUUUUACGGUUUAGGAAGAUACAAUUUCUAUAUUUUCUCAAACAAUUCCUAUGGUUUUUCUGAAUGUGUUUUAUAUACUUUUUCAUAAUUAUUUUCACUUCUACAUUAACUUAUAUAUGAAUUUUUAUUAUGGUAGAACCCCUCAUAUCCGACCUCGGAAUAAGCGACUCCUCGGGAUAUCCAACCUAAUGUUUGACCGCCUACUUGUUUCCUGACUGGGGCGAUAAUGCCGAGCGUGAUCGGUUGGCCGAAAGGCCAAAGGAUGUUGCCAUAAUUGGGGUAGACGAUCACUACUGAUACCGAUAACGGGUGUUACCGCCGUCGUGAGAGACAAUCACCGAAGUCGCUAAGACUGCAAGGUACGCUCACGGGUGUUGUAACGGUCGCCGGAGACGAUUGCCAAUGUUGCUGAGACUGCAAGUUAUGCUCACGUCUGUUGCCACGGUCGGGGGAGACGAUUACUGAUGUCACGGAGACUGUAGGUUGUGCUCCUCCCGAUAUCUGACCUUUUUGCUGUUCCGUUCCGACCAUGGCUUGAUCCGUCAUGGUCGUAUAUGAGGGGUUCUACUGUACGUCUAACUUCUUAUAUACAAAUAUAGCUUUAAGUAGAAUAGGUAGUGAAUAGCUGGCAAUUAAUUUAUGUCAGUAUAAUUAUAGCAUCUGUUGAUGUCAGUUGUUUUUAUAUAGGUGUAUAACAAGCUUUGCGGCUUGAAGCGAUUUUUGCUGUUUCGUUUAAUGUAAAUUCACUGUGAUAUAACCAAAUUCUCAUUUACUUCUUGGUAUUAAUGGAUGUAGAGUUCCUUAUUGCUGCAUUAUUGCGCCUUAUAAAGGUACACCUUAUACAGGGUUAUCAGUUUGACAUGCAUAAUUUUAUUAACAUUUUUUAUUCCAACACGAUUGUGAAUUUCCUUUUAACUUUCUAUAUUAAUCUGUAUGGUAAUCUGGAUUUUUUAGAUUAGUUUGUUUUGUUGGUAUUAUUAUUAAAUUGAUGAGAUAGAUAUUAAGUCAUCCGAACUAGCUAUAGAUAUAUAUUGAAGGCAGUUUUCCUGAGAAAAAUCCAAGUUAGGGUGGUCCAUAAUAACUGCUAACAUUUUGUUUUGUGACAGCUCAGCUAAUUUAUGGGUUAGAGGGAUGAUUUUUGCGUUGAAUGGUUCCUUAAUUAAUAGCAUUAUUUGUAAUUAUAAGUUAUUCAAACUAUUCAAUAUGAAAUAUGAAUAAAACUCAAACUCAUGAAUUUCUUUGAUUACAGUAAACUGUAAUUGUUAUUUUACACAUCGUUGUUUUAUUUAUUACCUCACAUAAAUUGCAUAAAUUUCACACAUUAUAGGCUAUUUAUUUUUUAUGCCAUCUCCAUUAGAAAAGUUGAAUAGUAUGUACAACUUAGAAUUACAAAAAAUCUAUACUUAUUUAAUACGCAAGCAGGUUUUUUGUGACAAUUACUCCUCCGAAACUACUGAACCGAUUGACAUGUUUUUGGUGUCAUUGGAAAGAGCGUAACGUGAAGCUGUGCAGGAAAUUUUCUUUAUAGGGAAAUAAUUAGAGAGUGAGGCCCUUUAAAGUUUCGUAUUUCUCCAUAAGAUUAACAUGGGAAACAAAAAUUGUUAUGCAGCUCCAGCUGUUGGCAGAAAUUAAAAGUGAGAAGAAGAACAUAUGUUAAUUUUUAACAGUCAAUAAGUUUGCUAAUUUAACAGUUUGCUAUAAACAUUUACUGACUUGGUUGAAAUGAAAUACAACUAUUUAAUUUGGGUUGGCGUAAAUAUUACAAUGGAAAAAAGCGAGAGAACCUGGUGGAUAAAUUGAUGUAUUCUGUUACGUACAUCUUCAACAUUUCCAUAACCUUUUGGUCGAAUCUUUUAAAAAUAUCAGAAAUUAUGACCGGUAUUCCUUUGUAAAUAACGCCUCUAAUACUUAGAAAUUGCUCGAAUUCGAGCAACAGGGACACUAGUUCUAUUAAUUAAGCCACAAUUCAACCCAAAAAAACAUCUUUUUAACCCAUGAAUUAGCUCAGCUGUCACAAAACAAAGUGUUAGUGGUUAUUACGGACCACCCGGGUAGACAUCCUGUUUGCGAUGAGAACAAAUUGUGUAAAAAUGUUAUUUUUUAUUUAUUACGAUAUAAACAUUAUAGUGAUGAUGUAAGAACCGUAAUCAUUUAACACCUAAAGAAGUAACCUUUACCAAAUUGUAUUGAAAACAGUUUUGAUCCUAUUUGCAUGUAAUAUGAAUGUACAGUAAAAUAAAGUUUUAUUAGCGCCAUUAGCGGGUUUCUUUCAUUUGAGUCUAACUACUAUUUUUGAAUGAAAGUUGUUUGAAGGUGUCGUCUUCUUUAUGUUUUAAAAUACAUUCAAAUAUCUUUUGCUUUAAGUCCUCACAACAGUAUUAACAACCUCAAAAGCUUGUUUUUGUUAAAGAUUCAACCAUGCACUAAUGCCACCUUCAGAUAUCUAUCUAUAGCUCAAUCAUUUGUAUGUACGAUUUAAUUGUUAGGUAAUACAUUUAACCUUUUAUUUUAAAAACUCGCUUUUAUUAAAUUAUUUAAAAAAUUUUUUAUUCGCAUAAAUAACAGUUGUUAGAUUUGAUCUUGUGCUUUAUAUAUAUUGUGAAGUGCAGGUAACAUAAACGCUUUUUUUGGACACACCUUAAAAAAACCGUUUUGGAUUCAACUUUAAUUUAAAUGUAACUUUACAAAACCACUAAGAAUGUCCAUGUGGUGUUGAUAAAAUGUAAAAUAAUAAAUUGCACACUUUUUGUCCGAACACUGUAUUUUAGCAAUAUUUUCUAACUAGGGUAGAAUAGCGUAUAACACUUUCUAUGGGCGUUUCAGUUCUGUUAAGUUUUUAGAAUAGUAUUUGGCAGAUGAUCUCUUUGACAUUUGUCUGUUAUGCUUCCAAUAUAUCUAUUUCACAAACUUUGCUGCGAUAGUGAAUAUUAGUGGAUGAAAUUUGGAAUCCGCAAUAUAUCAAAUUACCUUAGAUUACCAAAUUUUGUUGCUUACCUUCACAGUUUUAGUGUUAAACUAUUCGGUUACUGUAGUCUAAUGAAUUAUACGAUGUCAUGUAAGAUAUUUUCUCAAAUUGCGUAUUUUUAUUUAUUUGUCGAUAAUGUUUGAUUAUUACAUAAUAUAUGUACACUGUUUGUAUCUAAUACUCAUGUUUUAGUUUUUAAAUAUAUGUAACAUAUCAAAACAAUAAAAAAAUUCUUUACGUUUUGUUUGAGAUGUUUAAAACUCUGUGUAUUUUAAGACAUGUACAGGUGUAGUGGUUGUGUACCAUAAAUUAUACAAAGUUUAAUGUUUUAAUGUUGAUGUGUACAUUAAAUGUAUAUUCCCUUUAUUGUUAUACACAGUUGAUUAAUUGGAAACAUGAAGGCUGGAUAAUUUGAGA